AUGGACCCCAGCUUCAUCGCCAGGCUGGAGCGUGAAGCACGCGCCACGCAAGGUCUUUCCCCUCCCCGUGCAGAUCCCGACGUCUCCAUCCAGCCGCCCCUGAGCUCCGAGUCCAACCAGAGUGACCCCGCCCACCCCAAUCCUCCUCAAGCUGAGGAUUACGAAUCUGAUGACAAUGAGCUCGAAUAUCUUGCUCAAGAUCCCACCGGCGAGAUGUCCGACGAGGCUGAAGAGCACCAUCCAACCAACCUCGACAGUCUCGUCCCCCUUCUCGGGCCUUCUCCCUCCAACGAGCCAUCGGAUGACCACGAUCCCGGCCGACCAAACGAGGAGGCCGACGACGAUGACGACGACGGAACAACGGACAGUGAUCCCGAGGAGGUCCGUCCCAAAAAACCAGACCCCAUCCCGACCAUCCGACUCACUCUAGCCCUACCUCUCAGUCUCCCGAUCGAGCGGCCUGUUGAGCAGAGCGUCUCACUCUUAGCCAAGCAGGCUGGUUACACAUUACCGGCUGACACUGCCAUCACCUUUGGGGCCUCUGCUGUACCCCAACCUGAGCAACCACCCCAAGCAGAUACCUCUCUGGACAUUGCUCCACCACCAAAACGACGUCGACGAAGGAGGAUCCAGGAACGAGACGAAGGUUACGAUAAAGAUGACCCGUUCGUUGAUGACUCGGAAGCGUUCAUCAUGGAACCCAAGUAUUAUCACCCUCCUGCUCGCGAUGGGUUCUUCGUCAUUGAGGGCGUAGUCGAGCUCAAGGCCGAUUCCAAACAGACCAGAGUUCGUAAGCCAGCCGCCAAAGGUCCAAAAAAACCAGCUCCCGUUACGGCCCUCAAUCACACAUCCCAACCCAGCGAUCCCUUGACAACCAAGCAGACUAUUCCGCUCAACCCCAUACUCCAGCCAUCUUCUGCUCUGCCCAAUUCCGCAGCACAAUCGACCCCUCAACCGCAGAAGCCUGUUCAAGGAAAGCAGCCCGAUGCCGCGGUGUCGAGAUCUGAAGUUCCCCUGCCAUCGGCACUUCCGAACAAUUUAUCAGAAUCAACCUCCAAACCACAAAAGCCUGCGCAGAAGCCUCAGCCUAGCACGUCCAAGCCGCCCAACUCUGCAACCGCUCGUCCUCCAGAUACUCGCCCGAUCUCUCAUCCUGCCCCGGCGUCCCAUCCCACUACAUCCAAACCGAUCAACGGCGAAGUACCGUCAGCCAGCACCCAAGCACCCGUCAAAACUGUCGAUAGUCCUGCUGCGGCUUGCUCAACUACACCUCGUCAGCGCCCGGGUACCUUCCAGCGUCACUCUGGAACACCACACGACCCCAUUUACCUCUGCGACGACGAAGAACGGCAAACGACAACGCCAUCCUCUUCCAAAGUGAAACAACCUUCCAUCCAUGCAUCCGACAUAUCUUCCAGCGCGAUCGCUGGUCCGUCUAACCAAUCAUCCAUGGCGGUCGCUGGUCCUUCAACCCAAACAUCCAUGGUGGUCGCUAGUUCUUCUCAGCAAAACGGGAAGUCCGUCCGACUACCUUACCUCAAAUCACGUUCGUUGCCAGAGCGCAAGUCGGCUGGCCCACUACCACGGGCCCUAGAAGAGGCGCUCGAUAGCCUCAAGGUUGAAAUUCAAGCAGUAUCCCCGUUCGUCCCAAAGAAGUUCCCAAACGAAUUAAAGCCUUCGACUUUACGAGUGGCGCAAAUGGCGUUAGAUAUGAACGAGUAUGAUGAAUGUUUUUUCGCCAGAUUGGCCCAACUCUUCCCAUACAACACCUUCACAAUAAAAAAGUUUGUGAAGCGCGAGAUUUUGCCCCAGCGGAAAGCGUACUACGAGACGCAAAUCGAUGAGCGGAUUGCGCGACUGAGGCAGAUGAUCAUCGAAGGCAUGCCGGCGGCCCGAGCUGAUUACGAAGCGGCGUUACUCGAGCACGAAAGGGCGAUGCAGGCAUGGCGAGAAACCCACAGGGACGAACCUGCGCGCCCACUGCCCACAAAUGCGUCGACCAUCUUGGGCGACACCAUCAUGAAAAACCCCGACAAUCCCUUCGAGCAAACCCCGGCUGAAUCCGGAGAGAAGCCGCCUAAGCCUCCUACAAAGUCCUUCAAGCUUAAUACAGCGAUGCGGGAAAUUAUUUACGAGUUGAUCAAGUUGGAGGAUGAACUAUGCGAGACAAUCAAAGAUACACAAAAAAUCGUGGAUAAGAAUAUCACCCUGAAGGAUAACAGUAACCGAAGACAGUUUUAUCUAAGGUUGUCCCAGUUAUGGCCAGAUGAAUUCAUGACUACCCAAAAACUCAGCAGAGAAGUGGCGUAUAUGAAGCGAAAGAUCGAGGGGGCUUCAGUCGAUCCUCAAAACUUAAUCACCCUGCAAUAA